CUGAUAACGAUGCAGCAUGAAACGAAUCAAACAACAGACAGAGAAAAGGCCUACACUCGGCAGGAAAUGUAUGAUAUGUAUUCAGAAUGGGCCAAAGAUGCGAAAUACGAAAAGGAAGUCACUGAGAACAAUUACCGAGGUCCGUUGAUUACAUCAGAGGCUAUGGUCCAGUUUUAUCCUGAUGAAGAAGUCAGGAAGAAUCUCUACAUUCUAGAUGUGGCCGCUGGCACGGGGAUGGUGGGUAGUCUGUUAAAAUGCAAAGGCUUCGGGAAAAUUGAUGCUUUAGACCCAAACGAAAGUAUGCUGAACUUGGCUAAAUCAAAAUCAAUAUAUAAUCGAACUUUCCUGAUCUUUCUUGGUGAAGAAUCGACAAAAGCUAAACUUGACCGUUACGAUGCUGUAGUUGUCUCUGGUGGGUUCGCUAAUGGACACAUCCCAUGCAGUGGACUGGAUGCCUUGAUAAGUCUAACUAAACCAGGUGGUCACGUGUUCAUAGCCAUGCUUGAGGCAGACCUGACAGGUGUUGAGGAGUACAAAGACAGACUGGAGCCACACAUGAAGGAGCUAGAGGUGGAAGGACAAUGGGUGGCUGUAUCUCGUACAGUGACGCCCAACUACUACAAGGGCGAUCCUGGUGUUGUCUUUAUAUUUAAGGUGAAAAGAUAA